GGCAGGUGGGAGAGCGGUGCCGCCUCCCGGCGCUGCCCUUCCCUUCCCCUCCCCUCCCCGGGGAGCGCCUUCGGCGGCGGCAGCAGCGCCCGGCUGCGGGGACGGGACCGGGGAUGGGACCGGGACCGGAGGGCAGCUCUGCCCCGUGCGGAGCGGCCUGUGAGGGGCCGCCGUCCCGCCGCGGUGCUGGGGAGGGGAGAGGUGGCGGCGCUCCCUCCCCUCAGGGCCGCCGGGGCUGGCUGAGGCUGAGGGAAGGGCUAUGGGGAGCCGCUGGAAGCGGCCGCCCUGAGGGGCUGCCCGCCCUCCAGAGCCCACAGGGACCUCGGGCUUGAGGUGCUUGGCCGAGGAAGCGGGAGCCCUGUCAGGCGCCCCUCGCCAUGGUGGGCUCUGCCUUCCCCCUGCGGGGUUUGGGGUGUUUUUAGAGGGGGGAGCCCCCCGUGGCCCCCCCAGGGUGAGGGGCAAGCGCUGCCCCCCGCUCCCGAGGUGCUGGUCCAGCAGGGGAGGAAGGCCCCAUCUGCCCCUCCUGCCAAAUUUUCUGGUGAAUUUGCUCUCUCUCCAUCUGCUAUUGCCAUUUUUCAGGACCGCACACACCCCUCUCAGACCCCGCAGAGGUGAAAUUUGGUCAUGUUUACAGCUAUUUUUUAAUAUUAGGCUAAAAUCUGUCCCAAAACAUACAGCGGUGUCAUGGGGGUGCAUGGGAUUAGAGCUGGAGACUUGCUGGUGUCCAUGGACAUGCACAGUUCACUCACUUGGCCUUCCUAGGGCCACAGAAAAGCACAGGGAAAAAAAAUAAAAACCUUAGGAGAACAGAAGUGGGAAAAAAAUAGAAAAUUUUACUGAUAGAUCUGUGCCAGAGCUGUUAGCUUCUUCCUCUCUGCUGGUUUCUAAUGACUAAAUAGAGAAGUGCAAAUAAGCAAAAGCAUUUUCCGUGCUAGCACAGGCUCCCAGUUGCGUGCUCACUGGCAUGCAGAUAAAUGUUGAAACUGCAUUGUGCUCUGACUUGCAUCUAGGAAAAUACCAGAAGACAAUUCGACAUUGCAGCCCAGGUCCUCAGUUGGGAGAUCUGUCCAUACCGGAUGGAUUCCAGCAGGAUUCCUUGCAUAAAUGGAAAAUAGACCAGUGACUCGUGUCGGACACUGCCUCCUUUCUUUCCACAGGAGACACAUCUGAAACAAAAACUUAGUACCAAUCCAAUUCCAAGUGGAUGGGCAGACAACCAUCCUGUAAAGGUCAUCGCUAUAGAUAAUCUUCACUGUUACUCCUCUAAGGCCAAGCUCUGAGACUGAUUUAUCCAAAUACUUCUAAAGGCAAAGCCUUCAAGCUAUGAAAGAGUGCAUAUAAUACUAUUCCCAGGGAAUACAGCUUGCAGUGACCUUGCUCAUGUUGCAGAAGCCAGGAUCUGCUGACAGAUACACUGCUGUAUGAUGGAGACUGUAGCGCAAGUGAAUGCUGCUGGUAGUGUCUGUCAUCUGCUGUCAUACCAAGAGAUAUGGAUAUGGUGGAUGGGUACAGCUGGAUCAUCACUGCAAGGGACAGGCAAGGAUGAUGAAGGAUGGAAAGGUUUUUAGAGUUAUUCAAGAGAACUGCUGGGAUCCAGAAGUACGGAUUAAGGAGAUGGACCUCUCAGGAGUCACUGUCCAAGUCCUUUCCACAGUCCCUGUAAUGUUCAGCUACUGGGCCAAACCUCAGGAUACUUUAGAUCUAUCCCAGAUAUUAAAUAAUGACUUAGCUGCUACAGUAAAAAAGUACCCCAAGAGGUUUAUUGGCUUGGGUACGUUACCUUUGCAAGCUCCAGACCUGGCUGUGAAGGAAAUGCAUCGGUGUGUGAAUGAACUUGGCUUUCCUGGAGUACAAAUAGGAUCUCAUGUCAACAAUUGGGACCUGAAUGCACCAGAACUGUAUGAUAUUUAUGCUGCUGCUGAACAAUUAAAUUGCUGUCUUUUUGUACAUCCCUGGGACAUGCAACUAGAUGGAAGGAUGUCCAAGUACUGGUUUCCGUGGCUGAUAGGCAUGCCAGCAGAAACAACCAUGGCAAUUUGCUCCAUGAUUAUGGGAGGAAUUUUUGAAAAAUUUCCUAAGCUGAAAGUUUGCUUUGCACAUGGAGGUGGAGCUUUUCCGUACACAGUGGGGCGAAUCUCCCAUGGAUUCAACAUGCGCCCUGAUUUGUGUGCAGUGGAUAAUAAGGUGGAUCCAAGAAAAUACCUUGGUUCAUUUUACACAGACUCUCUUGUCCAUGAUAGUGGUGCACUAAGGCUUCUAACAAGUGUAAUAGGAGAGGACAAAGUUAUUUUAGGGACAGAUUACCCUUUUCCACUGGGGGAACUGGAACCUGGAAAACUGAUUGACUCAAUGGAAGAUUUUGACCAUAAACUGAAGGAUAAACUCAAGGCUGGCAAUGCUCUGGAAUUUUUGGGUCUUAGCCGAAAACAGUUUGAAUGAUUAUGAAGAUAUUAAAAAGACCAAACUUCAGAUAAAACAUUGACUCCUUAGGAAUACUUCAACUUUGCAUGUGCAAUUGUACUGUGAAAAAUAAAUUUGACAAGUACAUUUCAGUCUACUGCUAUUUCCAAAGCAGGGGUACUGGAAAUGCAUACUCACUGAUAUUUCUGAGCAUUUGAGGAUUUAGGUUCUCUAAAAAAUUCUGAAAUCCCUACUUUCAUACAGAACGAAAGAUUUCAUCUUUUGCAGCCUUAAUAAGAAUCUCUGAAAGACAAUAAUGCCAUGUCAUUAGGAAUUGAUCCCCAGGAAGAAAGAACUGUGAAAAUGAUGACUUGUAUCUGUUGCAUUUCAGUCUAUGUCAUCUUUGAUGCCCAAUACACAGAAUUUGAAAGAUGUCUUUUGCCUUUAUCCACUGACUGAAACUGCAGCAUACAGCAUGUCAGCCCAGCACUUUGAGCAUGUGCGCUGACACUUUGUAGAUGUGGUAGGCAGAAAAAGAUCUAUGCAGGGAUGUGUGCUUUUUAGCUGCUGCCUAUGCCACUGGCAAUUAACUGAUCAGGAACAAUUGGAACAAAAUGACCGUAAGUGCAAAAAUGAUGUAUUUAUGUGGAUAAUACUUUAUGCAUCACUGUUAGUGUCAAAAUAAAUAAUACUGUUUAACAAUGGCAUGGUUUAAUGUUAUAUGCCUUAAAAACACUUCUAAUGGUAAGGUUGGAUAUUUUAACUGUUGAGCUGUUAAUGCUCUUUCUAGUUUCAGUGCUGCUGUAGGUGUGGAAAGACGGUUUGCUUUGUAGACUACUGAAGGGUAGACUCAAAUGGGUUUUCAUGAUGCCUCAGGAGGGCAUCCUCCUCCUGAGAAGCUUUUAUGCUAGUCAGAACAAUGCUGUUGUCCACUGAGACUCUCCAUCCUCAUGUGUUCAUUUGUUUGCUGCAUCAGGUGUCACCAUUUUUCUGUUUAGUCUCUAGACAUUCCAGGAAAAAUAAUAUUAGGCAGAUUUUUGUUUGCAGCUGUGUCUGUAACUGUCCUUGUAGCACAGAAUAAACCUGAAGGAUUCAGCAGUUCCUGCUGAUAACAGUCUCUGUUGGACUACUGAGAAGGCUUUGUCCUUCUUUAUAGAGUCAAAAAAAAAAUGUGCGUAGUUUAAUUAUAUGUUUGCCCAGUUUUUGCAUUUGGAUCUUUCCUUUAUUGCUUCUCCAAAUUUAUGCCAUUAAUGACUAAUGGACAUCAGAGGCAACUCAGUAGUAGUCAGCAGCUCAGAGGUUUGGGCCCUGUGAAUAUCAGGUUUUCAUAUAAGAGGAAAAAAAGAACCUAAAUAAAACAUCUUUAACGAUAUUAAUUGUCCUCAGGUUUGCAAGAUUUCUGUUGAUCUUUUCUUUUUAUUUAUUUAAAUAUUUACAUGCAGGUAUUGAGUUAACUGACUGUACGAUUUUUCAACCAGAUUGUUUUAAUUAAAUUUCAAAGUAGAG